AAGAGGGGAAAGGAAAACAAAACUGCAUUUGGAGGCCCAGUUGUCAGCUCAUUGUACCAAGAAGAAACAAUCAGGGAAGAGGACAAGAACAUUUUUGAUUACUGCAGAGAAAACAACAUUGACUAUGUAACCAAAGCCAUUCGAUCGAAAAACGUGGAUGUGAAUGUUACAGAUGAAGAGGGUCGGGCUCUGCUCCAUUGGGCAUGUGACAGGGGACACAAGGAGCUGGUUUCAGUCCUGUUACAACACACUGCUGAUGUUAACAGCCAG